UCCAAUUUCAAAAGCAAACGGCCCAACGCACUGCCCUCAAAGUAAUUGUAUUUAUUUCCCGACCGCUUAUUGAUUCGUCAAAACUCACUACACCUGUAUCCUUCCUCCGUCCACGCAAACAUAAACUUACUCCAUCCAAUAAACCAUGUCCACGUGGCUCCGUUCUUCUCCGCUGCCGUCCCCACUCCUCCCUUCCCGCACGUGCCCAACCACACUUCACCCUCCUCCUCCUCCUCCUACCGCCACGUGGGCGUCACGAGCUGCACUCCAAAUUUCAGUGAGCUUCUCCAGAUUACUGACGCGCGUGACAGCGACGACUACCAGUGACGCACGUGAGUUGCAGCAAGGAAUAGCUGAGUUCUACGACGAGUCGUCUAAGUUAUGGGAAGAUAUAUGGGGCCAUCACAUGCACCACGGAUUUUACGAUCCGGAUUCCACUGUUUCGGUUUCGGAUCACCGGGCCGCCCAGGUCCGGAUGAUCGAGGAGGCGCUCCGGUUCGCCGGCGUUUCGGAAGAUCCAAGCGAAUGGCCAAAGAGUGUAGCUGAUGUUGGGUGUGGGAUUGGGGGCAGUUCUAGAUACUUAGCUAAGAAAUAUGGGGCUAAUUGCAAAGGCAUUACUCUUAGUCCUAUUCAAGCUCAAAGAGGCAAUGAACUUGCUUCUGCUCAAGGCUUAGCUGACAGGGUUUCCUUUCAAGUUGCAGAUGCUUUGGAUCAACCUUUUCCUGAUGGCCAAUUUGAUCUUGUUUGGUCCAUGGAGAGUGGUGAACACAUGCCUGAUAAAACCAAGUUUGUGAACGAGUUGGCUAGAGUUGCAUCACCAGGAGGUAAAAUAAUAAUAGUGACAUGGUGCCACAGGGAUCUUGGGCCUUCUGAGGAGAGUUUGCAGCCAUGGGAGGAAGAACUACUGAAUAAGAUAUGUGAUGCUUAUUAUCUUCCAGCCUGGUGUUCUACUGCUGAUUAUGUCAAGUUGUUAGAAUCUCUUUCUCUCCAGGAUAUAAAAGCAGAAGAUUGGUCUCAGUAUGUUGCCCCAUUCUGGCCAGCUGUGAUACGUUCAGCAUUGACAUGGAAGGGCCUUACUUCACUGUUGCGUAGUGGAUUAAAAACCAUAAAAGGAGCAUUGGCAAUGCCGUUGAUGAUUGAAGGAUACAAGAAGGAUUUAAUAAAGUUUGCAAUUAUCACAUGUCGAAAGCCCGAGUAAGUGAUGAAGGAUGAUGUCAUAUCAUUGAUAGGGGAAUUUAAAAUGUAACAAAAUUAAUAAAAAGGCCAUCUAGGAAUUUCAUAAAUAGUUUUUCCAAACAUAUUUCUUUUACUAUUAUUAUUUUCUCUAUUUCUUUGAGGGAUAGUUUUUCAAUUAAUUUUUGAAUUAUUGACAUCAAAACAAUUUGAAUGUAGAAUAUGAAAAUGCAAUUAACCCUAAGGGGUUAGCUUAGCAGUUAAAGAGGUUUGUUCUCA